GGCAUGGCGGCGGGCCCCCUGCGCGGUCCGGCAGUGGCCGGUGGAGGCGAGAGUAGCGAGAGCGAGGAUGACGGCUGGGAGAUUGGGUAUCUCGACCGGGCAGCUCAGAAAUUAAAAGGACCGUUACCCAUUGAAGAAAAGCAUGAAACAUUUAAGAAAGCUUUGACCACAGGAGAUGUUUCAUUGGUCGAGGAGCUCCUGGAUUCUGGCAUCAGUGUAGAGUUCAGCUUUCGCUAUGGGUGGACUCCCCUUAUGUAUGCUGCCAGUGUUUCCAACGUAGCGCUGCUUCAGGUUCUUUUGGACAGAGGUGCUAAUGCAAGCUUUGAUAAGGAUAAGCAAACUAUUUUGAUAACUGCAUGUUCUGCUUAUGGCUCAGAGGAACAGAUCUUGAAGUGUGUAGAGCUACUACUUUCAAGAAAUGCUGAUCCAAAUGUUGCUUGUAGGAGACUUAUGACUCCCAUCAUGUAUGCUGCUCAGAAUGGUCACCCUCAGGUUGUUGCUCUCCUUGUUGCUCGUGGAGCAGAAGUUAAUACCCAGGAUGAGAAUGGCUAUACUGCUUUAACAUGGGCAGCACGUCAGGGUCAUAAAAAUGUAGUUUUGAAGUUGCUUGAACUUGGAGCUAAUAAAAUGAUACAAACCAAAGAUGGAAAGACACCAAGUGAGAUUGCAAAAAGAAAUAAACAUCUAGAGAUCUUCAACUUUCUUUCCUUGACUUUAAAUCCUUGGGGAGAAAAGCUUCAACAGCUAACUAAAGAAGAGACUAUUUGUGAACUAUUGAGAACAGAUUCUGAUAAAGAAAAAGAUCACAUAUUUAGUUCAUAUACAGCAUUUGGAGAUCUGGAAAUAUUUUUACAUGGUCUUGGACUUGAACAUAUGACAGAUUUACUGAAGGAAAGGGAUAUAACUUUAAGACAUCUUUUGACCAUGAGGAAAGAUGAGUUUACAAAGAUUGGAAUUACCAGUAGAGAUCAGCAGAAAAUUAUGGCUGCUCUUAAGGAACUAGAGAUAGAAGAGAUAAAAUUUGGAGAAUUACCUGAAGUGGCAAAGUUGGAAAUCAGUGGUGAUGAGUUCCUCAGCUUUCUUCUGAAAUUAAACAAACAGUGUGGCCAUUUAAUAACAGCUGUACAGAACAUUAUUACUGAGUUGCCUGCAAAUUCUCAGAAGAUAGUACUAGAAUGGGCUUCUCCCCGGAAUUUUACUUCAGUUUGUGAAGAACUGGUUAGUAAUGUUGAAGACUUGAGUGAAGAGGUCUGCAAACUAAAAGACUUCAUUCAGAAGUUGCAAAAUGAACGAGAAAAUGAUCCAACUCGUAUACCGUUAACGAAAGAAGUAUCUACAUGGAAUAGUAGAAUUUUGAAGAGGACGGCUAUUACAGUAUGCGGAUUUGGGUUUCUCCUUUUCAUUUGCAAGCUAACUUUUCAGAGAAAAUAA